AUGAAACGUUCAAUAGUGAUAAAUAAUUCAAAUGAUAAUAAGAAAACAAAUGAAUGUUAUAAACAACAACGAAAACGUUCAUUUGAACAUUCAGAUUUUAUGAUGAAACUUAAAAAACGUCGACAUCUUUCACCACAACAUGAUAAUCAUAUAAUUUCGUCAUCGACGAAAAUAAAAGCAAAACAACGAUCUUCAUUAAAUAAUUUAACUGUUAGAACGAAAAAUCAUAGUCAAACAUCUCGUAAAUCUUCAUCUCAUCGUUAUUUAUGUUCAAUUAAACAUUUAACUAAAAUUAAUUUACCUAAAUGGAAAUGUAUCUCACCAAAUAUUGAUCAAAUCUUAUCAGAUAAACAUACACAGUCAGGUGUUUAUGCACAUGAAAUACAUCUUAUUCAACAAGAACUCGAAGCUCUUUUAUCAAUGUCUAUGUUACGUGAAAGUCUUUUUCAUUCAACAACUAUUGAUUAUUUAAAUUUAAAAAUUAAUCAAUAUCAACAAGUUGAAGAUAUUUAUUUAUCAAAAAAAAUUCCAAAAAAAUCAUUACCACCAUUAAUUAAUUAUCAACAACGACGUAAUGUUCCACAUAUAUUACUUGAUCGACAAAUAUCAAUGACAUCAAUAACUGAUAUAUAUAUUGAUAAAAUUUGGUCUGAUAUAAAUACAUUUUAUCGACAAAUAUCAUCAAAUGAUAUAUUAACAAUUAAAAAUCUUGUUAAAUUUAAUCAACAAUUAAAAGAAAAAAUUCUUAAAUAUAAAAAUCAAUAUUAUAAUAAUAAAUUAACUCAAUUAAAUAUAAUUAAACAAUUAAAUAAAGAAAAUUUUCAAUAUUUAUUAAAUAUAACACAAAUUAAUUCUUUAAUUACACAUUAUACAAAUCAAACAAUAUUAGAACGUUUUCAAACAAAAUUAUAUCAACAUGUAUCAUCUAAUGAUAAAAAUCAAUUUUCUAGAAAAUCAAUAAAUUAUUAUUCAAAUAAUAAUUCAUCACGCUUACAAUCAGAUUAUCAAAUAGAUCUUUUUUCUAUACCUAAUGUCAAAUCAGAUGAUGAUCAUCAACAAUCAUCAAUAGUCAAAUAUAAAAAGAAAACAAGAUUUUCAUUGAUAAAUUCAUCCUUAUCAAUAAAAGUUCAAGAAGAUAUUCAAUCAGUUCGUGAUUAUUUAUCUGAUCAACAUCCAUUUACAAAUAAAUAUCUUGAACAACAACAAUUUAUUAAUAAUAUUAAAGGAAAUAAAAGACGAAAUACUUCAAUAAUAAAUCAUUCAAAAGAUAUAUUUAAUUCAAAACUUUCAACAUUAAUAUUAUUAUUAGAUGAAUGUUCAUCAUUAAGUUUAUGUGCAUUAAAACGUGCAUAUUUACAAUCUAAUAAUGAACAAACAUGGCUAAAAUUAAAUACAAUUGAACAUGAUCUUGAUUUAUUAAUACAAGAAAUUGAUAUGAUUGGUGAUUAUAAUAAUAGUAAAAGUACAAGAAAAACAUUUCAAACUUUAGAUCAUUUAUUAAAUGAUUGGACAAAAUAUGAAGAUGAUUUCAAUUAUCAAUUCGAUGAAUUAUUUAAUAUUAAUGUCUAA